AUAAAAAUUGAGAAAUUCUCACUUCUUCUUCUUCAAUGGAGGAAGACGACGACUCGAUCUCUCUCGACACUCUAGCUUCUAUUAGAUCACUCAUUAUCAACGCCGACACUUACGACUCUGUAAUUUCCUCGGUGUUCGAUUUCCUUACUGGUCUUCUGAGUCGAGGGGACUCGCCGAUUCUUCACCACAUCCUCAAGCUACUCUCCGACCUUUCCUUCCGGCGAAAGGAAUUAGCACCACAGAUCUUCGACUCGGUCCUUUCCAACUUACUCCGCCUUCAAAACUCCGCCGCCGUGGAAUCGCUUGCUGUGCUGGCGUCGGUAUCCGAAAGAUACCCUAGCCUCGCCGCCGCGCUUUCCAAAAUCGACGGCGAGGUAUUUGCGUCGAUUUGUCUCGGAGCACCUAUAUCGUCUCGGCUGUGGCUACUUAGGCACGCGGAGAGGUUCAAUGUCCCGUCGUCCGUACUUUUCACCUUGUUUUUAGGGUUUACCAAGGAUCCGUAUCCGUAUAUCAGAAAACUAGCUCUGGAUGGAUUGAUUAGUAUAUGUAAGGCUGGUGACUUGAAUCACGCUCAUGCCGUGGAAGGUUGCUAUACUCGUGCUGUUGAGGUUUUGGGCGAUGCUGAAGAUAGCGUCAGAUCUUCUGCAGUUCGUGCAGUCAGUGUAUGGGGCAAAGUGAUGAUUGCAUCCAAGGAGGAAGAGGUGGACAGAAGAGAAUGUACAGAUGCUGUGUUUCUCCAGCUUUGUUCUAUCGUGAGAGAUAUGAGUGUAGACGUGAGGGUUGAGGUCUUCAGGGGAUUUGGGAUUAUAGGAACUGCAUCAGAAAGCAUUAUAUUGCAAACAAUUUCUAAAAAAUUAUUGGGAGCAGGAAAAGGGAAGAAACCGCAGAAUCAUCUUUCGAAUGUAUCAGCUGAUGUCGCUGCUGCAGCUGGAGUUUUCAUCCAUGGUUUUGAAGAUGAAUUCUACGAGGUACGGGAAGCUGCGGUUGACUCCUUCCACUCCCUCUCAGUAAAUUCUAUCAAAUUCCCAGAUGAAGCUGUUUACCUAUUGAUGGAUAUGCUAUACGAUGAUUAUAUGGUUGUCAAGUUGAAAGCUUUAGAUGCAUUGCAUCAUAUAGCAGACUCGGGGGACCUGAAGAUACAGGAAACUUAUAUGCCCGCCUUUUUGGAAGCUAUUGUUGAUACUUCUGAGAACAUAAGAGUUGAGGCUAGAAACAUUCUUAAACUGGCAAAGCUGCCUGAUUUGAAGCUGGUCGACAAAUGUGUUGAUGGCGUCCUAAAAAGUUUAGAGAUGUAUCCACAGGACGAACCUGAUACCUUGUCUGCCCUGUUCCAUUUCGGAAAAAAACACGCAAAGUUCUUAGCCAGUCUGGUUAAGAGAUUUAGUGAAAAGCUAGGGACAGCUUCCGGAAAUAAAUCUGAAUUCAACAGCCAACACUUAUCUGCAUCUCUUAUGCUGAUAAUCUCAGCCCCUCUCUCAAACAAACAAAGCAUCACCUCCGUACCACCCCUGGCUUUUUCAUAUUCACUUGCAAUGCUGGGGAAAUUCUCUCGUGGACUUCAUGAGAUGAUGGACCAGGAUACGCUUUUGGCUUACUUGACUCAUUGCACUAUUCUUUCUGCUUCUUCGGGUACAGAAUUCAACAAAGGAGAUAUAUUUUUUCAUGCAUAUAGGCACGGUAAUGCAGAUUUUGCUGGACACCCUGUCUUACUACCAAGCAAAGAUAUAUCUAAUGAGAGUAAUCAAGCACUCAAGUUUGUUAACUAUAUACUGUUGAAGAUAAAGGCUGCCUGGUUGUUAUCACUAUCAGGGUGCUCGAAAGAAGCACUCCGAGCGUUGAGGGCUUGCAAACGGGAGUUAGCAAUUUUGACAGCCGAUUCUUCAAUCUCCAUUGGUGCAUUGCAGUUUAUGUGUCAGUACAUUCACAUAAUAGAACUUCUCGCUCAAGUAUGGUCUCAUUUCGAAUACUCAAGACACAUCAGCACGUGCAGAUCUGUAGAACUGGAAAUACUGAUGGAAGAGGUAGAGAUAAAACUGAUGGAGAUAAGGUGUAGAUUCACAGGCUUGUCUAUGGAGGUGUCGUUAGUAAUGGAGCUAGUAAUUUUUGGUUGCUUGUUAAGGUUAUAUAGAUUUGAGACUUGCUGCCGCCUUAGCUGCAUGGAGAAGCUAACUUCAACGAUAUCUCAAUUAGAGCUCCACCACGAACAACAAUGCACCAAACCAUCAGAUUUUCUAACUGAAACUAAGAAGUCAUUGCUAGAGAUUGGGAGCUCUGCUAAUAUAAAUUGCUGUAGACUGCUUCAUCUCAUCAAGAUAUUUAGUUGCUUCUCUCCGGAACAGUUUACGUUCUCUAGUAAUCUGCAGUGUGUGAGCGCAGAGUUAGAGGUUCCUGGUAAUGGUCCUUACAGUCCGAUUUCGUUUUUGCCUGGUCUCCCAGUGGCUAUUCAGUGUGAGAUCACGCUGCUUAAUGUCCCAAGGGAUACCUGUUUGUGGCUGAGAAUAUCCAGAAGCGAUGAAACUUGCCAGUUUGUGUACGUGGAUCCAAACCUCUACAACGGAGAUGCGAGAGAGAAGAAGUUCAUGUUUAAUGCAGUAACUUACAUGACCCCGAGGGCUGCUAUGUUCACAUUGCGGGUCUCAAUAGUCAUGGAGUGUUUGUCUGAAGACAUUUGUUACAGAAAAGGGCGUCAUGGUCCCAAGCAUCCAGUGGCCUAUCUGUGUAAGGAAAGAGAAGUUCACCUAAACCUUGUUUCAAGAACCUACGGACGAACAGUUGACAUUUUAUGAAUUUUGCAAAAAGUACUUAUAGAGAUUCUUGUUUUGAGAAAUUGAUCAGUGUGAGAUAACUAAAAAAACUUUAUACACUGCUAACUGUUAAAGCUAAAGCAUAUGCGUUAGUAUUCCAA